AUGCCAAAAAACGCGAGGGUGACUGUUUGCAAUGGGCCUUAUGAAUCCAAUGGAGUAGUGGAACACAGGGAUUUCCGCCUUCAGGGUCUUCUGGCCGCCCUGAGAUCGCGCGGGCACCAAUGCGUCUUGGAAAACACGCGCGACUGGAGCACGGUGGAGCUCGUGGUCAACGGGGAGAUGGUCUUCAGCUGUAAUGUAAAGCAGCUGGAGUUUGGUGGAGAUGGACAACUGGACCCAGUUUGCCAAGAAGCUGUCACUGCUGUGGAGAACGCUUUCUGA